UCUUCCUGUAGACAGGAACCCUGGAGCAUGCGCACUGUCCCGGCAGGAACUCACGCUUGGUCCCCUUAGUGCUACGCACCCCCGAACCCGUGAAUAGGUUGUGACACCGGCUUCCAUGUCCCCGGCUGCGAGCUCGGGUUCUCCAGUGUGGUUCGGCCGGUGAUGGUGAGAAACCGAGUGCAGCGGCUGCUGACUGCAAUCAAUAGGAAGACGAUGAAGCUGCUUAUUGCACUCGCUCUGAUCGCCUAUGUAGCCUCUGUUUGGGGGAACUUUGUUAAUAUGAGCAGGUCGAUUCAGGAUAAUGGGGAACAGAAAAUGGAGAAGAAAAUUGAAGAGGUCAUUGCUCCUUUGAGAGAGAAGAUACGAGAUCUAGAAAAGAGUUUUACUCAGAAAUAUCCACCUGUGAAAUUUUUGUCUGAAAAGGAUAGAAAACGGAUUCUGAUAACCGGAGGAGCGGGGUUUGUUGGCUCUCAUCUUACGGAUAAACUUAUGAUGGACGGGCAUGAAGUCACUGUUGUGGACAACUUCUUUACUGGCCGGAAAAGAAAUGUGGAGCACUGGAUUGGUCAUGAGAACUUUGAGCUUAUUAACCAUGAUGUUGUUGAGCCUCUGUAUAUUGAAGUGGACCAGAUAUACCAUUUGGCGUCUCCUGCUUCUCCUCCAAAUUAUAUGUAUAAUCCCAUCAAGACUCUGAAGACUAACACAAUUGGGACAUUGAACAUGUUGGGCUUAGCAAAACGUGUUGGUGCUAGACUCCUCUUGGCUUCAACCUCAGAAGUAUAUGGAGAUCCUGAAGUACACCCUCAAAGCGAAGAUUACUGGGGUCAUGUCAAUCCCAUUGGUCCCAGGGCCUGCUACGAUGAGGGCAAGAGAGUGGCCGAGACCAUGUGCUAUGCUUACAUGAAACAGGAAGGAGUAGAGGUUAGAGUGGCUCGGAUAUUCAACACCUUUGGCCCACGCAUGCACAUGAAUGAUGGCAGAGUUGUUAGUAACUUUGUUCUGCAGGCUCUACAGGGAGAAUCACUAACAGUAUAUGGAUCAGGCUCACAAACCAGGGCUUUCCAAUACGUUAGUGACUUGGUAAAUGGACUUGUGGCGUUAAUGAACAGCAAUGUAAGCAGCCCUGUGAACUUGGGGAACCCUGAAGAACACACCAUCCUGGAGUUUGCCCGUUUAAUUAAACACCUUGUUGGCAGUGGAGGUGAGAUCACUUUUCUAUCUGAAGCACAAGAUGACCCCCAAAGGCGAAAACCAGAUAUAAGGAAAGCUAAACUCUUGCUUGGUUGGGAGCCUGUGGUCCCAUUAGAAGAGGGCCUAAACAAGACCAUCCACUACUUUAGCAAAGAACUUGAAUAUCAAGCAAACAACCAGUAUAUUCCCAAACCGAAGCCAGCAAGAAUUAAAAAAGGUAGAACACGACAUAACUGAACACUCCAUUAAGAGGGGCGACUAUCUUGAAGGUUUACAGGAUGUAAUUUUUUUUGUUUUCCACCCCUUUUCCCCCUUUCUUUGUUUUGCAAGAAGAAAGAGACUUUUAAGAGCUAUCGUGAAGAAUACAACUGGAAUUUUCCCCCCUGAAGCUUGCUUUAAAGGAAUGGAUGUGCCUAAACAAACCAUGAGAACUGCAAACCUUGCCUUGCACUUUUUUCAGUCUGUCUUUCUAUGUACAGUAGUGUAGGAUGUACCUGGAAGUCUCCACGUUUUAUAAACCUCUCUGCGACGUUGUUUUGCCGCGGUGUCUGGACAGUUUCCAACCCAAUUGCUGAGGGCAGGGGGUUGGCAGAGCAUUGGCUUUUUGAACUUUUUUUUUUUUUUUUCCAUCCCUUGCGUAGCACAAAGGGAUUUAAAUUACUGUUAUUUUUUUCCUCAAACUGAAGAUACAAUUUGAAAGUGGGACAAGUAAAAUGCCAAUUUUAUUUAUAUAUGUUAAAAAGAAAUUAUGGGUACUUUUAAAUAAGAUGUUCUUCUAUGCAUACAGAGGUAGCAGUAUGGUCAGCAGUGUUGCACUGACAUAUCGAUAUGUUUUAGUUUAACCCCUUAAGUGGUAUUAAGGGGGUGAAAGGCCUGAAUAUUUCUGUUGAAAAGCUUUAUACUCUGUUUUUUUUUUGUUCUUUAAAUGUUUUUCUUCCUCAGAGUUUCAAGUAACUGUACAUUUGAAUUUUAAAGCAGCUGUUAAAAAAUAAGACUAUUUUGAAUCACUAUUGUAUUGUCGUGUAAUCUUGGAUAAAAAAAAAUAAAGUAUUAUCAAUUUAUGGUGGUUGAAUAUGCUAUUUUAAUAAAAUAUUGUAAAACUA